AUGAUGUCGCAGAUACCAAAUAAGGUUCAGUCUAAUGAGAAGUCACGCUAUGGAGACGUGGCGGACUUACGCGGCGGGCGAGACACGGAGACGGGCGGUUACCGAUUGGCCUCGGUUAUGCUGCACAACACCUUAACUCGGGCACACUUCGUGGAAUGUUGGCGGACGAGGGAGCCGGAGUAUAUAAAUGAGGCCGGUUAUCGGGGCGCCCCUACCCGCGAGCCCGCGACCGCGGCGAGCUCUCCACCAAUCAGAGGAAUCCUGAGUUUUCGUUACCAUAUAUGGUAUUGCGCUGCAGGGAGCCUGCGCGUCCCCCCUCCCCCUCCCACCGCCCGCCGCCCGCGGCCCGACGCUCCGAACCGGCGUCGAGCGUUGAUACUUGAUAGCAACCGC